CCCAUUGGCCCCGCCCCGACCUUUCCCUCUCGUUCUCCGCCUCCGCCUCCGGCCACGCUCCUCACCUGGGUGGGACAAGCGCGACCGCGACGCAAUCAACGAACGCCCAGCGCCCAGUCAAACACUCCUCCCCGUCCUCCACCCCUCCCUUCCCCUACCCGCUCGCCGCCUUCGCUGACCCCGCCCGCCCCGAUCCCGCCCGACCCAUGGCGUCGGAGAUCGAGGUGCUCGAGGACACCACCACCUCCUCCACCUCCCUCGUCGCGGCGGCGUCCACGGCCCCUUCCCCCGCGGAUGGCGCGGGGGCGGAGGCGGCGGCCCCGGAGGACGAGUCGCUGAAGAACGACGUGUACACCGCGGCGGCCUACGGCGAUCUGGAGAAGCUGCAGCGGCUGGUGGAGGGGGAGGGCCGGCCCGUCGGCGAGCCCGACGGCGGGGGGUACCACGCGCUCCAGUGGGCCGCGCUCAACAACCGCGUCGCCGCCGCGCAGUACAUCCUCGAGCAUGGAGCAGACAUAAAUGCUGUGGAUCAUACUGGACAAACAGCACUUCACUGGAGUGCUGUGCGUGGUCAUAUUCAAGUUGCUGAACUACUUUUGAAAGAAGGAGCUAAGGUGGAUGCUGCUGAUUUAUAUGGGUAUCAGGCCACACAUGUUGCAGCACAGUAUGGUCAGACUGCAUUCAUUUAUCAUAUUGUUGCGAAAUGGAAUGCUGAUCCAGAUGUCCCUGAUAAUGAUGGAAGAAGCCCUUUACAUUGGGCUGCAUAUAAGGGAUUCGCAGACUCAAUACGGCUUCUUUUAUUUUUGGAUGCGUAUAGGGGACGACAAGACAAAGAAGGUUGUACUCCUUUACAUUGGGCUGCGAUUCGAGGGAAUCUUGAGGCCUGCACUGUGCUAGUUCAGGUCGGCAAAAAGGAUGACUUGAUGGUGAAAGACAAAACUGGUUUAACUCCAGCACAGCUUGCUGCUGAUAAGAAUCACCGGCAAGUUGCAUUUUUCCUUGACAAUGCUAGAAGGGUAUAUGACAGAGGAUGUGGUGCGAAUACCAAAUUUGGGAAAUUUUCAAAAUUAGGGCUUGCUCCACUUCUUUGGUGCACCAUUAUCGUCAUGCUUAUUACGUACAUACACUCCGUUAUAUCAGGACAAUAUGCCAUGAAUAUGACAGCACCAUUUGGGAUGUUCGCGUGGUCAGGAGUUUUUCUUGCAACUGCUGGGUUGGUCAUGUUCUAUAAAUGUAGCAGGAAAGAUCCUGGCUACAUCAACAUAAAUACAAGGGGCUCGCAAAAUCAAAGGGAUGAUGAACCAUUGUUGAAGAUGGAAUUAGAAAAUCCUGCACUUCUUUCUGGCAACUGGUCACAACUUUGUAUAACCUGCAAAAUAGUGAGACCUGUUCGUUCAAAACAUUGCUCUACAUGUGAUCGUUGUGUGGAGCAGUUUGACCAUCACUGCCCCUGGGUAUCUAAUUGCAUCGGAAAGAAGAACAAAUGGGAAUUCUUCAUGUUCCUCACUCUAGAAGUUUUUGCAAUGAUCAUUACUGGUUCUGCUGCCAUUAUGAGAAUUGUAGGGGAUCCAGAUUCUCCAUCAUCUUUUGGUGAUUGGAUUCAUUAUUCUGCGUUUCAGCAUCCUGGAGUGGUUUCGUUUCUUGCAAUGGAUUUUUUCCUUUUCUUUGGCGUUGCAUUUCUAACAGUUGUUCAAGCGUCGCAGAUAGCAAGGAACAUUACAACAAACGAGAUGGCAAAUUCCAUGAGAUACGCCUAUCUCAGAGGCCCAGGUGGCAGAUUCAGAAACCCAUAUGAUCAUGGGAUUCGCAGAAACUGUUCUGACUUCUUGUUAAAUGGAUACAAUGAGGACAUUGAACGGCUAGAACAGACAUUGCACACUGAUGAGGAAAUGGGAAUGAUACAGAUGACAAGUGCAGUCUCACAGAAUGGUGACAACCCUUUACAUCAUGGUAAUGGCACUGACCAUAGUUGCACUGAUUCACAAGCCAACUCAAAACCUCAUAGCCAAGUGGGUCCGUCUCAGUGUUGUGACCACAGUAAGAGGAAUGAUAGGACGCCAUUGGGCCUAGGAUUGGGCCUUGGGCGAAACAGUGCAUCCCGGCAGUACGUUCGGUCUCUUAUCCCAUUGUGAUCCAUAAGUUGGAAACUUGGAGAUCAUGUGCUUGUUUCACUGUAGAUUGUACGUGUUCACUGCUCAGGCUCCAUCUUUGGUUCACCUUCUCUUGCAUUAUUUACCAUAUAGCAUUGGCUAGGUACUAUUAACAUUGUUGGGGCAUUAGCUCGAGUACUCAGAUAUAUCUAGUGCUGUAAUUUUGCGGUGAAUACAAAGGAGAUGAAGGUAGCAACUUGCUUGCGAAUAUCAGCUGAUCUGCAGUUUGGAAAUAUCAGCUGAGAGCUGCGGAAAAGAUAUCAGUUAUGGUGGAUGCAGCAGCACGAAAUGUCUCCACAGUUGUUGUAUACAGCAGGUUCCGUGGUUCCCCCAUUGUUAAGCAUGAUACGAGUUUGGAAAAUGUAACUGUAAAUCGAGAAAAUUGUAAAUUGAUUAGUAAGCUCACUGUAGCAGAGCUGUUUUCCUAUUUCAUUCAUUCUCCAGUCAUAUUAUUGUUAUGGGCCACGGAAUUUUGCUGUUUUCCGUUGUGGAUACCCCAGUUGGUCUGGUUAUGCAAUGUACUGGUGGAGCACGGUUGUGGAUGUUUUGGGGUUUAGGAGAUUCUUCAUUUCUUCUUGCUACGAAACGUGUUAUGAAAUGACAGUGUCAUGACCGCAUCUUUUCCUGUC